AAGUUUUCAAAAUUUUAAACGAUUCGAACAGCUCGCGAUUAUAUAGACUAUUCUAAUUUAGAAUAAAUGUAAAUUUGUAGUUCAGCUAAAAUAGGAAAAAUGGAUAAAAAUACAGAAGCUAUAGAUAUUACUUUAAAAUAUAAAAGAUCAAAGGUUGACUUGUUAGAAAAAAAGGAUCAAACUAGCAAACUUCCUUAUACUUAUGCAGAUUUAUUACCUCAGUUAGACAGUGAAAAAUCAACUUUGGCUUAUAGAUUCACAAUACCUAGACUGAAGAAGGUAGAAAAUGAAAUCAAGAUGAUUGAGAAUGAAAGAAAGAAUUUAGCAGAAUACAAACUAACAAAGAAAGGAGGGAAAUCAGUUGUGCCAGGUGGUUAUUUUACAAUGCUAAAAAGAAGAGAAAAUUACAGAAAACUUCUUAAUCAUGUUCUAGUGCGACCAAGUGAUCACAGACCUUUGCAAAAGAAUGAACAUCCUGAUAUGUUAACAGCUUCAGAAAUGGAUAUAUUGAGAUAUCAUUUUUAUAUUAUAAAAGGAUUUAAAUCUGAACAUAUAGCACCAUUUCCUGAAUCUUGGAUGAAGAAAAUCUCAAACUGGAUAGACACUAAUUUAAUAGUAAGUUUAAUAUAAUACAGUAAAACAUAUCUAAAAUGGAUUCUCUUUGAAAGGAAAUGUGUUUAACUGGAAGAUAAAUCUUAGAAUGAAACUGUUUGCUUCCUAAAAUAAUAUUGUAAGUUAGAAACCUGUUUAGCAAAAACAUGGAAUAUUUUUUAAGUACCAGCAUAAUCUAAGUAAAAUGAAAUUAUUUGUAGUAACUGCAGAGUA